CCUAACCCUACCCAUCUUCUCUGCCGCCCCCCACCGUCUCUCCCAGCCUCUCACUUCUAUCAUCGUCUCUCUGUCUCACAGCCUCGUCGGCGCCGCUUUUCCUCCAUCGACGGCUCCGAAUCUCUGACUCCGUGCUCUCAUCGUCUCUAUCUAUCUAGCAGCCUGUCCGGAACCGAUUCUCCUCCCUAGGCGCCUUCGGCUCUCUGCUUUCAGUGCUUUCGAGUUCGAAGGCGAUCACUCAGCAUACAUGUGAGGCAAUCCAUCGAACAGGUGGUGUAUUUGAACCGCUUUAUUGUAAUCACAUUGCAUUCUUAAGUUGCAGUCUCGAUGGGGCUUCUACUUUGUCCUUCUAUUGCAGCCUCUAAGAGUUCACAUUGCUCUCCAAUAUGACAAACAGACUACUCCGCCAGCAGGAACAAAUUUGGUACUAUUGGGCAUCCCAAUAGUUUGUUUCCAAAACGGUGGCGUAUUAGGUAGGCGGGAAUUGGAGCCAAAAAAUUUUGGCCAAAAACAUCUAGCUUUUUUAUAUAUAGGAUUCUAUAAUGGAGAAAAUCAGGAGAGCAUCGCAUGCUGGUUCAUGGUACACUGAUAAUCCCCAAAAGCUGGAAGAAGAGCUUGAUGGGUGGUUGAGAGCAAGUGGUUUGGCUAAGUCUUCUGAUGUACGAGGUGUGAUUGCACCUCAUGCAGGCUAUUCGUAUUCAGGUCGUGCAGCAGCAUUUGCAUUUGGAAACAUAGACCCAGCAAACAUUUCUCGUGUGUUCCUUCUUGGCCCAUCACACCACUAUUACACUCCAAAAUGUGCACUUUCAAGAGCCACAGUUUACAAGACUCCAAUAGGAGACUUACCUAUUGAUAUGGAAGUCAUUGAGGAGUUGAAAGCUACUGGGAAGUUUGAAUCUAUGGACCUUCAUGUUGAUGAGGCUGAGCACAGCAUGGAAAUGCACCUGCCUUAUCUUGCUAAAGUUUUUCGCGGGUAUGAGGUGAAAGUUGUUCCUAUUUUGGUUGGCGCUCUUAGUGCUGAAAAUGAAGCCAUGUAUGGACAAUUGCUGGCAAAAUAUGUCGAUGAUCCAAAAAACUUCUUUUCCGUAUCUUCAGAUUUUUGUCACUGGGGUUCACGGUUCCGUUACACAUAUUAUGACAAAACACACGGAGCAAUUUACAAAUCAAUCGAGGCGCUGGAUAAAAUGGGUAUGGACAUAAUCGAAACGGGUGAUCCAGAUGCAUUUAAACAGUAUUUGUUGGAGACUGACAACACCAUUUGCGGACGCCAACCAAUUAGUGUUUUCCUCCAUAUGUCAAAGAACUGCUCGGCAAAGAUAAAGAUUAGAUUCGUUCGUUAUGAGCAAUCGAGUCAGUGCAAAAACAUGAGAGACAGUAGUGUGAGCUAUGCAUGAGCAGCAGCCACCAAGGUUGAUGGUUGAACAUUAUAUGCUGCAACCUAUGAUAUGAACUAUGUCAACCUGACAAUGUUAUCUCUAACAUAUGUAUCCUUGUUAUGGAUUCCUUGUCAAUAAAUGUUGACUCUUUGUACUAAUGCUGACUGAUGAAUCCCCUUUGGUUUCCUUAUUUUGAUUGUGCUUUGUGCUA